CCUCAUUUUGGCAAACACUCAGAAAGUUUGAAUAGUUGACCACUUUGAUCCUUACAAUCUCAGACCACAAAGGUAUGAACAUACAGCACCACAGUGCCAAGAGGCCCAGAAUGUCAUGUGGCACCAGAGCAACAAACCAUGAGAAUUGCCCUAUUUCAAGGACUUCCACUCACUCAUUUCUACUACUGUAAGUGGUAUCAAUCAAUACUACACGUAAAAUAACAAUUGAAAUUACCUUAAUUGAGGCAUUGGAACGUCAAUUUAACAUUCCAAAUGUUAGCAGUGUAGGCUGUGUAGAAAUGAGUACUGCGGUUUUUGGCUCCAAUUUAAUGUCCUGAAUGCUCUGCUUAACAGUCUGAAUGUUAGUGAGGGAGGCGUCCUCUUCUUCCUCUUUUUUUAGGAAGCAAACAAGACUAAGAUCAUUGGUUUAGUUUGUUGCUAGUAGCAGCCUACCAAAUGAAGAAUGUGGAUAAUACUAGGGUCUACACAGGCCUACAGUGAUACUAUAGCAUUUAAUAUGUUAAAUUAGCAUUCUGUAUGUUAAAACUAACAUUGAAAAUGUAAAAUUAAUCCCUAUGCCUCAAUGAACGUAAUUCCAAUUGUUAUUUUACGCAUAGUAGUAGCUCUCUUCAAUUAUUGAUUUAACAAACCUUGAACUGUAGUAGGAAACAAGCAAGUGUAACCCAUUUUAUGGUGUGUUCAGUGUCUCAUUUUUUACAACAACUAACAUCCUUCUUAAAAUUUCUACCUUUGAUGUCACUGACAGUAUGAGCACAGACACCAUGGCUCUCAAGAAGAGAGUGCAGGAAAUAGAGAACAUUUGUCCCAAUAUGGAGCAGGCCACUGAUUCAUUGGUGAAGGUUAAGUGCCAGCUCUUUCCUAAGAGGGGAAAGGAUUGUAUUGCAAGCAGUGGCUUGAAGAAUCAACCAACAGCAAGCACUGAUUUGAAAUGCCCAGCGGCAAGCACUGGCUUGAAGCACCCAGCAGCAAGCUGGAGCUUGGGCUUGGGCCUUAGGCRUGUAUCURCCAAGYGUCCUGCUUURAGCAGCAAAAAGCCUGUCACUACUGCAAAGAAGAUCACAGCCUUUUCAAGUAAAAAGGGCAGUCCAGCUCACUUGUCCAGCAGCUAGAGAUUGAUUUGCUCAUCUGUUUUGUCCUUUCUACUACAAAUUCUGAAUAAAAAGAGCAUCAGUUCAAAUGCUGAGUGCAUCAAUUAUACUUGUGGUGGCUCUUUUCCUUGUGUUUCUCCACCAUUAGGAUGUCCUUUUGCUGUCUCUUUUGUACAAACAGUGCAGGUUGUUGUGUGCUAUUGUAAUCCCCUUGUGAUUGCUGUUGAUAGAACACCACCAAGUGCCUCCUUGUUGAGAUAGUACUGCAAUUGUAAACUUGUAGUAAUAGUGUAAAGACCAUAUURGAUUGCAAAGCAACUGGUUUGUAUUUGCAUCUAAAACUUUUGGGCCAGGCCAACUCAAAGGCCCAGCUUCUUGCUGGUCCUUGGGGUAUUGCUCAAGUUUAUUGCAUCUGAUCUCCUCAGUAGCUAUCAUUCCUACUAAAGAUAACUAUCUACAAAUAGUACAAACCCUAUCUAUCAUUGAGUACAUUAUUGAUUCAAUUGACUGCUAGUAGAUCCAAUUGAAUUGAUUCAGAUCACAGUCAAUUCAUCUAAAUUGACUGAGUAUCCAAGGAAGAAGCUACAAGGCAAGCUGCUCCAGAAGGGGACUUGAAUCCAGGCUGGGCCAAGGGCCCAGCUUUGAGCAGCAAACAGCCUGUUGCUGCUGGUUCAAAGAAGGUGACAGUUGCAGGCAAGGAUACUAGCAGUCCUGUUAGCUUGUCCAGCAGCCAGAGCUCUGCUGGCUUUGACUAUGGAGACAGGUUCUUUGAUUGAUUUGCUCCUCAUCUGUUUUUGGCCUUUCUACUACAAAUGCUAAAUACAAAGAGCAUCAAUUCAAAUGCUGAACACAUCAAUUCUACUAGCGGUGGUUCUUUUCCUCCUGUUUCUCCACCAUUAGUAGGAUGCCUUGCUGUCCCUUUUGUACCAACACAGCAGCUUCUUGUGUGCUAUUGUAAUUCCCCUCUGUUGCGAUUGCUGUCUGAUAGAACACCAAGUGCCUCAUUGUUGAGGUAGUAGUACUAUUGUAAUGUUAUAGAGACCAAUUGGAUUGUAAAGCAACUAGAUUCCAGAUGUGCUGCAUUAUAUUCCAAAUCUGUGGGCCCAGCAGGCUGACUCAAUGGACCAGCUUGCUGGUCCUUGGGGUAUUGCUCAAGUCUAUUGUAUAUACUCUUAGUAGCUAUGAUUCAUACUAAAGAUAAACUAUCUACAAAUAGUACUGUUGUAGAUAGAUGAGGAAAGAUCUCGCCACUUGCAGGAUCCAUCCCACCUAAGUAUGGUCAGUUGAUUCAAUAGACUGUAAUUCAAUUGAUCUACUAGUUCAUUCAUUUGAAUAGAAUGAGGAUCUAAUUAAGAAGCUGCGGGUAAGCUGCUCCAAGGACUUGGAAUCCAGGUUUUCCCAGUGGGAUUCAAUUUUGAUAGGUUCAGGAGGAGUCAACUUGCCAGUAAGCCAGUCCCCAGGGGGUUGCUUCAGUCCAUUCCAGCUACUUGCUGAAUCCUCUUGGCUUGCCGGAGACCAGUGAGGUGCUGAUGUUGUAGCUCCUGCUUGCUAAUAUUGUCUAGGUUGAUAGAUACCAUCCAUAGUGUAUCCACUUUGGUCAACAGUUGAAUCAAAUGGGGCAAGGGACCUAAAGACCUCAGUUCUGAUAGUGUGCUCAAGAUCUGCGGUUGUCUAGUUAGGCCUUGUCAUCUUGCUCACAGCCCCAAUUAGAUCACAGAUCUUAUCCUUGUCAAUGGUACCAUGCUUUGGUUGGUAAGGAGGCCUCGGAAUAGAGCUGGAGAUGGUCCCUCCUCUAUCUGGUCUCACCUUGACUGUUUGAGCUUCUAAAUUAGUUAGAUGAGCUCUUAGAUUAGCUCAAAGGAAUACUCUAUCAACAUCGGGAUCCCUCAGGCCUGGGAAAUGCUCAAUAUUACUGCAUAUAUCCUCAAUGAACUGAGCAAAGGUCAAAGCUGAUGUCCUCCAGCUCUGAUCACCUCAAUCCAUAUCCUUGGAUUGGUGAUGCAUCCUCUAGUCUCAGGAGGCAGCUGUAGAUCCCCUGGUUCCACAGCAAAGAGGACAGUCAGCUUGUUGGUCCUCUCAUAGUGUCCUAUCUUCCUAAAUCUUCUUCUUAUGACAGCCCAUUUGUAUUUGCUGCUAGUCCUUUGUAGGUUGAAAGCAAACUCAUCCACAUCAAUGAAUUUCCUCCUUGGGAUACCAGCCACACCAAGGGGAAGAGAAAGAGUCCAGAACCACUCAUAUCUUGUCCUCUUCCUAAGAGUGAACCCUUGGUAGGCUUCAGUCAAUACCCUCUUCCUGGCCAUCUUCAUUCCAUCUAAGUGCCUGGAGAUAUCUACUCUACUAGAAUAGAUCCCUCUCUGGUUAUAAUUAAACAUAACAUACUCAUCUGCACUGGCAGAAGGAUUGAUAGUUAUACCAAUAGCAAUGAGCAUUAGGUGGGGAACAAGCUUGGUUUGAUUGCAGUUGCCUGUCAUCCUGUAUGGAUCAAGGCACCUUCUCCAUCUUGAAAGAGAUGCCUUAUUGGCAAUAGCAGGAGGAAGCCCAGCAGCUUUCCUUUCCAGUUCCAUCUCUCUUAGUACAUACAUAGGAUAGCCAUCACUCCCUCCCCUAGAAGGAUGGUGAGGCUUUCAAGCUUGAUUUGAUGUGUUAAUCUAGAGAGGCCAUUGCCACCACCUCUGAUCUAUGGUAUCCUAUCUGCUGGAUCAAUAGGCACGCUGAUUGCUGCUGAUCUCAGAAGAAGUUGUCAUAAAAAAGAAGCUAUCAUUGAACUCUUUUCUAUAAAACAGGUUACAGUUGCUUGUUUGUCAGAGUUCAAGGCUUGUUAAAUUGACAAUUAAAGAAAUCUAUCUACAGAUACCAGAUACAACACAAAUGAGUGAGUGAGUGAGUGAGUGAGUGAAAGUCCUUGAUAUAGAGUUCAGAAUUAAAGAAUAGUUUUAGAUCAGCAUGCUGGAGGGUUUUUUGAGUAGUACUUGUUGCAGUAGGGCCCAGUAGCAUUUCACAAUCAAAACCAAUGGAUUUUGAACGAAAUCUGCAAUCUAUUAUUCCCUUGAUUUGUUAUCUUCUAUGAGGCUCCUGGUACUGAAUCCUAUGAGGAAUUCUCCUUUUGGGUCUCACACUCCCUUUGAAUCUCACUGAGAAGUUUGCUGAUCAGCUGGAUCAGCAGCUGCUGGGCCUACUGGUGCGCCCCUAAUGGGGUUAGUAGUAGUACUAAUUCUACGUAGGCUUACCUAGCUUAGUUGACAACUAGUAGGAAUCAAAGUUGACAACUUUGAUUCAAAGUUUUCAACUUUGUUUUAAGGCUUCUUAAGUCUCAAGUUAAAACUUUUUGCACCCUGGGCAACCUCAGUCUCAAUUUUUAUUAACUCCUAGUAGUGCUGGUGAAAAGGAGACUAAAAGCUACAAAAUCUAUUGUUUGAUUUGAAUAAAUGUACAUAUAAAGUUUGAAAGUGCGACGAGAGAGAGUGAGAAGAAAAUACAUGAAAUUUGGUAUUUCCUGCAAAAGCUGUGGGUGGAAACCUUCUUCUUUUCAAGAUGCUCUUGGUGUGUGCAACCUCCUCUAGUCUGAUUAGUACUACUAGCUAGAAGUACUAGUAAUACUAGGAGUGUAUAGUACAGUGCAGUGAUACCAACCAAUUUCCAGGUGUCAUAAGUUAGAGGUAUGGGUGUAACACAUCAAACACUUGUGUUCCAUACUUCCUUUUUAUGCUGAGGGAUGAUGUUUGCACAAGUCAAACUCCUCAUCCUUAUAUGUGAGACACAGAAAGCUGGAUUGUUGAGAGGAAUGUUUUCUCCAUUGUUCUUGGUUGAUAAUUGUUCUGAGAGCAAUGACUGGUGUAAGAUGUGAUAAUACCAGUCAUAUAUUUGAGAGAGUGCCACAUAUUGGAAACUUAUUUUCAAAAGAAGAAGUAUCAUCCCUAUGGAUACUCGUACUAGCUACUAAAAAGAUAGUUGGCAUCAAAUUGAAAUUUUCAAAAACUGCCCUUGAAGUACACUUCUUCUGUCGAACCAAAAGAAUCCAAAACUAUCAUUGCAAAAUACUGCAUUGCAUUACACAUUGCUGCUAUUAGAUGCGAGAUAUACUCUGCACCGCGUUCAAAAGGCACCUUCGAUGGGUGGAGUGGGUGGUUUGCUAUUGUUUCCGCUGGCCUCUCUGGCUUCUUCUACAACGGUUGGGGUCAGGGAUGCAACCUUUAGCGAUUGCAUUAGGACCGCUUUGUCGAUCGGGGACAAAUCCUUGGUGCUGCCGGCAUCCUUCACCAACCCCUCAACGGAAAGCGACCCGAGGCUGCCGUUUUUGUACGCAUCGCCGAUCGCGGUGGUGUAUGCUCCGUAUCGUUCUUCGAUGUCUCUCGGAAUGGAUUUUUUAGACACGUCUGCCGCCAGGGGCGACGGCAUCGUUGGUGUGUGGUCCAUGGCGGCUAGUGCAAGGUAAACCACGCACAACCAGUCCCGCCUCAGUGUUUUUUCUUCCUCCAUGAGGGGUCGGUUGGCCGUGUUCGGCAGGUUUUGGUUGCCUUCUAGUUCUUCGAGGAUGCAGUCGAUCGAAAACCCCGCUUCGUACGCACCGAUCGAGGUGGCAAUGAACAUUUUCAGGACGUCCACGUACCCGGACGCGAGUUGCAUGCAAGCGUGCACGAAGGAAACCUCCAAGAGCUCGGCAACACCGGCCGGUGUCCGCGUGUCCGGAAACGUGUAGUUGGUGCCGUCGUACAGGGGCCUCGUGGAAGUCGACGAAAACAACGGCCCCGCUUCCGUGGUUGUGCUCCGGCCACUCGCGUGAGUUUUGCCUCCCAGAACGCCGCCGUGCCGAGCCGGUUGCACCGGAGCCAGGCUGUUCCCCGGAGAAACAACGAAGGAGCUCACAACGUCGAUCACCUCGGAUCCGACGAGGAAGCCGAACCAAAGGGCCAGGGAAAACGAAAAUGCCUUCAUGGUUGUUUCUCGAAUGCUUGUUUCGAUUUCGACGCUGCUGGGGACUCUGGCAAGGUAGGAUCUCUGUCGUCAAUCGGAAACCGGAGGAGGAAGUCGAUUUGCCGUAAUACGAACGAUACAGUACGUACCGGUACGAGUACGAGUACUCGUAGCUAUCCGUACGGUCUGUUUUUUCCUUUUUUCCGUUCGAUUUGUAGAAUACUGGAAGUAGAAGUACGUACAGUACGUACUGUAUUCAAGUACUGUACUGUACUUCCUUCGUACGUAUCUACAGUAUCUACUGACUCCAUCCUGUGUUCCCUGUCAUGUCGUCACGUCAAAAGUGAAAACCGAAAACCAACACAUUUAUUACCACAGCACUGAGGAAAGGGGUCUUCUAGAAUUUAGACCCCUCUACUAGUAAUUAGUACUAGUAGUAGAAGUACGUACUGUACCGUGUACAAUACGAUACAUUGCGAGUCCUAACUACGCUACGUACGUACGAUACCUCAGCACAUCAACCAUUUCUUGGUUUGUUUUGGACUCGUCUAUUUUUGAUUUUUUGUUUUUUCCCUGUACCGUAGGAUCCUGUGUUUGACUACAGCUCAAUAAUCGACACUCACGAACCCAAAGUGUUCCAGAGGACUGUUGUCAACAUCAACAGCAUUCUCGGUUUCGAAGCACCCGACUGUUGGAUUGACCCAAGGAAUGAGAUUGGCGACAAGGAGAAAGAAACCAACGCUUCGAACAGAACGGAACAGAUCAGAACACAACGAAACGAAAGGAAACGAAACGCCGUUGAAGACUUGAGGAUGAAAAGCUUGGGAACCACGACUUCGAUCAGCAGCACGGCAGUGCUGUUCCUAACCGUUUCUCUCCUGAUCGGAAACGAUGGUGGGGUCACUGGAUUUUUCGUAGAAAAGGAUGGUCUCCUUUCGACGCCGCCAUCCACUCGAAUCGCAACGGCGGCGUUUCGCAGCAAACCGCACCCACAACUCCGAGACCCGAUAUCCUUUCCUGCGACCCGUGCGACGAUCGCCUCGUGCAGGGCAGCGCCAGCAACAUACGGACCACGAUAUUCUUCACACCAACGGCUAAGGCGACCAACACUGGCACACCGCCACCAUCCAGAGACUGCCGUUGCAGAGAGCACAUCGAGCGCCAACCGCAGAUUUUCACGCGCCAGGGACCGUUUGCGGGGAAUCCUCGCCCGGGGCAAGAAAAAGACGCAGGGCGUCCGCAGCGUGAUGGCGAGCCGCAAACCCCGCAUCGAUUCCGGCCUGCACCCAGGCGCACCGCGCUCCUCCCGCAGAAGGUGGCUGGCCCUUGCUUCUAUGGCCGCGUCUCUCGCGGCCCGCCCCACCGUGGCGCUCGCCAUGGGUGCGAUGGGGGGGGGAAGCAGCGGGGUCUCCAGGGCCCCGCUGGCCAAGAACGAGCAGCUCUCCCUCUUUGGUCUCUUCUUUGGCCUGUUUGCGGGGCUGGCGCUCCUGCACGCGGCAGAAAUCGCGAUCACCACCCUGUACCCGUGGAAGGUCAAGGAAUUCGCCGAGGAAGAGGAAAAACUCGGCAAGAGGGGCACCUUCAAGAUCCUGAACGAGGACAUCACCCGGGUCCUGACGACCAUCCUGGUGGCGUCCACCACCUGCUCGAUCUUUGCGACCACCGUGUUUACACACCUGGUCGCCGGUGUUUUUGGAAACUCGGGGGAGAAAUACGGUGCGCUGGCGCUCACGGCUCUAACUCUUUUCUUUGUAGAGUUGUUGCCCAAGUCCAUCGGUGUGACGAACGCCGAGAGCGUAGCCCGAAUCAUGGUUCCGCCCAUCAACAUCAUGACCAUGUUCGUGGCACCCAUCGGGGUAUCUCUGAGCUGGCUGUCCAAAAAAACCCUCAGCAUCCUCGGAUUCAAGGGAAAAGAAAGCUCGGGCAUCACGGACUCCCAGCUCAGGCUGAUCGUAACGGGAGCCAGGGAUUCGGGGACCAUCGAUCACGGCGAGCAGGAAAUGAUCCAGGGUGUUCUUGGGCUGCAAAACCAGCGCGUCAAGGAGAUCAUGAAACCCCGCGUGGAAAUCAUUGCCGUCCCGAAAGACAUGAGCGUGGCCAGCGUCCUGGGCGUCGUGAGGGAAAGCGGAUACAGCCGCAUCCCGGUGUACGACGGCGAGAUCGACAACAUUGUGGGAAUCGUCCUAGCCAAGAACGUUCUCGAUUUCUUUGUAAAUGGUGUGCUGGUCGAUGAAGACGUUGUGAAAAAAAUCCGCGGGGAAGAAGCUUCCAACAACAGCAACAGCAAUAGCAUCCAAUCACAGAAAGAAAAUUUGCUAGUGACGAAAGACGGCGAGCCGGUCUCGUCUUCCUCGUCGUCGUCACCGCUUCCGUCGACCGUGGAGAAACUUUCGUCCCCGCAGCUCUACGCAAGCCAAGACAUGCCGACCGUUCAAACUCCAAAGGGAAAGGAAAACUACGUGAAACCAUUGACCGGCUUUGAGCUGGCCCGGAGAAUGGAAAAAUCGAUCAGCGAGGCAGAGCUCAUCGAAAACUGUUACUUCGUGCCCGAAACGGCAAACGGAUGGUCGGUGUUGCAAGAAAUGAGGCGCAGGCGCGUCCACAUGGCGAUCGUGGUCGACGAGUACGGUGGCACGGAGGGACUCGUUUCGCUCGAAGACAUCGUAGAGGAGGUGGUUGGCGAAAUCUACGACGAAGACGACGAGGAAGAAUUCGAUUUUUCGGAGGAUUCCAUCACGCUCCAGGACGACGGAAGCUUCGUCAUUCGGGGAGACGCCGAUCUCGGGGACUGCGACACGAUUCUCAACCUGAACCUGGACGAGGACGAGGCACUAAAGGUGUUUGCGACCCUCUCCGGGUUUUUGUGCAUGUGCGCCGGGGAAAUCCCCCAGGUCGGCGACUUUGUAAUGAGCAGGGGUUGGUGCUUUGAAAUCAUGAACGCCGACGACAAGAAAAUCCUCAACGUCAAGGUCGAUCGCCUGGUAGGGGCAUACGAGGAAGGAUUCGAAGAAACCGAAGAAGACGACAAUCCCAUUCGUGGAUUGUUCAAAAGAAACGUUGCGAACGACGGCGAUGAAAUCGAUGAAGACACCGAGAACGACAAUGGUGAGCAUCCAUCAAUCGCUCUCAACAGGGAGAUGGCACGGGAGGUGGAACGCAUGGUGGAUUCCGGAAAUGAGAAACGACUUCAGCUCGAAAGUGAACUGGACGAAAAACAAAGCUGACGAAAGUAGUACAGUACUAAGUUAAAAUGAGAAACAAUAUUUAGCGGUUGUCAACACAUCA